UGGGUGUGCCACCAUCGCGUGGAUCACGGUUCAUAUCGACGACAGCAGUAGCAAGGCAGAGAUCCGGACAUCGGCCUGAAAGCGGCGCACGCCUCGCUAUUCUUAAUCGCAGACCAGCAAGCAGCCCCAGCAAGAUAGUCAAGGCCGCGACCGGCAUGGCAGACUUUGACAACGCCGAGCCCGUACCCCGUCACGGCGGCCGGAGUGGCGGCGCUCGUGAUGGUAAAAGAAGAGGCGGAGGCGGCGGCCGCGGCAACAGCGACGGCGGCAAUCGCGACGUGAUCCUCUCCAAAGCGCUGUCUACUCUGUUGCGGCAUCAGGCCGAGGCUGCAGGCGUCGAGCUCGACGGGGAAGGGUACGCGCGGUUGGACCAGGUGUUCCAAUGGCCGCGCAUAAGGUCCCUGAAGCCCACGGUGUCCGAAAUCAAGGCCGCGGUGGCGGACAACGCCAAGCAGCGCUUCGCGCUGAAGCGAUCUCCCGAGGCCGAGGGCCAGGAAGGCCUGGACGCGGACGAGGACGACCCCAAGACGUGGAUGAUCCGCGCGAACCAGGGCCACAGCAUCAAGCUCGCGAGCGAGGGCCUGCACACGCGCAUCACUCUCGGCGGCGAGGCAGGGCAGGGUACUGCGGCGGACACAGCAGCAGCGGAAGGAAAUAUCCCGCCUGUGGUGGUCCACGGCACGUACUUCAUCUUCUGGCCGGCGAUUCUGGCCGCGGGCGGGCUGAAGAAGAUGGGCCGGACGCAUGUACAUUUCGGCACGGGACUGCCCGAGGAUGGGAGGAAGCAGACGCACGAGAUUGCCGAUGAAGACAGCACAGACGCCGGCAGCGGCAAUGGCGGAGGUAACAAGAGGGUCAUCAGUGGCAUGCGCAGCGAUGCCGAGCUGCUCAUCUUCGUUGAUGUCGAGCAGAGUCUGCGUGAUGGCGGUAUCGAAUGGUGGCUCAGCUCAAACGGGGUGGUACUGACGGAGGGCGACAGGGACGGCGUCGUGCCGCUCAAGUACUUCAAGGAGGUCCGCGGUCGCAAGCAGGGCGUUGGACAACUGUGGAAGGAUGGAGUGAAAGUGGCGGACCUGCCUGAGGGGACAGUGGCGAGGAUGCCGCAUGGAAAGGGACCUGGUGGCAGCAGAGGAGGGAGAGGAGGGCGGCGAGGAGGAAAGCAAUAGUAUCCAGUCAGUCACAGCUGGGACCAUAUGGCCAUGGCCGCACGACCUCACGGAAACGAAUACUUUUUGCACAUGUAAUUCAAGACAUGACAGUUCCAGACUAUGGACAGUACCAUCA